CGUGGCAAGUCUUUCCUUUUUCUCAAUAAGCCAGUUUGCUACACGAGAGCGGCCAUUUUACCAGGUUCUCGUGUGUGUCCCCCUUUUUUUCUUAUUAUUCUUCAUCCUUUUUAUGUAUAUCAAGAAAAUUAUUAUUUUCAAAGUGUUUAAAAAAAUUCACUCCUUUUUGUUCUGCCACUAAAAGACGAGGAAUUUAAAAAUAGAAAAUUGUGCCAAAGAAAUAUACAACUCUGAAAGAAUGUGAAGAAAAUUUCAAUUGGAUUUGGUGGAAGCGAAAAAUAAAAGGAAGAAAUGGGUUCGAAGGUCGAGUACGUUGAGUCGUCGCAUAUGUAUGCGACAAAUUAUAUUCGUAAUUCAAAAGCAAUUGGUGUUUUGUGGGGAAUUUUUACAAUAUGUUACGCGAUAAUUGGUACAGUGGCAUUUAUCACUCCCGAAUGGUUAGGUGAUUUGGAACACGAGAAUCCAGGAAAAUUUGGCCUCUGGUCGCGAUGCAGUUUUGGCGGAAAUGGAGAAUUGGUGGAGGGAUGCAUUGGACGUUUGGACGAUUUUUCGACAAUUGCCAAUGUUCCAUUUAAAGCGAGUACAAUACUCAUUGGUUUGGCAGUAAUAAUUGCAAUUUUGUCAAUUUGUGCCAUGCUUCUAUUCUUCUUUUGUCACAGCACGACUGUUUAUUACCUUUGUGCUUGGAUGCAAGUUAUAUCAGCAAUUUGCAUGGCAGUUGGCGUUUGUGUUUAUCCUCUCGGCUGGGAUUCACCUUUAAUUCGAGCAGUUUGCGGCGCAUCAGCCUCAAGAUACAAUCCAGGAGCUUGUGCAAUCAGAUGGGCCAUUCCUUUGGCGGGAAUUGCGGCAUUGGACGCAAUAACAUUAGCAGCUCUCGCUUUUAUUUUAGCGUCGCGGCAUGUAAGAUUACAAGCCGAACCAUUCAAUAAUGGUUCUUUAUAUAAAGGGGAAGUGAAUCCAGCUUAUGUGAAUGAAGCCCAAAGUGUUGCUGGCUCAAGAAAGUCCCUAUCAUUAAGGCCAGUACUUUUGGUGGCGCCACCAGAACAGGAUAGAUAUUCAGAAAUUUCUCGUGCAAAAUCACAUUCACAUCAUAGUCUUUACGCAGCGUCACCUGGACAUCCGGUUCAUACAUUAUCCACAAACACUCUAAAUCGUUCUCAACAUAAUUUUCAAUUUUAAAAAGGGAAAAAAAGAGAGAGAGAAAAGGAAACAUGAAAAUUCUAAGGCCAUAAUUUUUUCAAAUAGGAGAUCAAAUCAAAUUAUUUUUCAUGUUCUUUUUCUCUAGUAUGUAUGUGUGCGCAAAUUUGUUGCCAUCGCCUUAAAACGUAUCUAAUUGUCCCUUAUUUUUUCUAAAUAUAAUAAGAAAUUUUUUCAUAAUUAAAUUAUAAUUCUACGACUAAGAUCUGAUAGAAAAAAAGACUCGUUAUUUUAAAAAUGUAAUUAAUAUACUGCAAUUUUUUUAAUGGAAAAACAAUCUUAAAAAAUGUCAGUAAAUUAAUUAUAUUAGAAAUAAAAUCAAAUUAUCGUUUUUUUAAAAUUCAUGAUUUGAUUUUCUUUCGUUUUAUAUCAAUGAGAAUUAUAAUUUACAAGGGAGUCUAUUAAUAUUAAAUUAAUUUUUUUUUAAAUCAUGUUUGUGAUUUUUAUAACAAAAAUAAGAGAUUAUCAUUUUUUAAAUUAUAAUAUUUUUAAUUAAGGAUCUUUAACUAGCCAUAAUUUUUUCAAAAUAAAAUUUUAGUCUAUUUUGUAUUUUAUAACUAAUUUUUUAUAAAACCUGAAAAAUCAAAAGGUUGAAUUGUGUUAUUUUAUUGUUCUAUGUGUUACAUAUGUUAUUGUAACAUUGUCGACAGACUGAAAAAAUAAAGAGAUUGUUGAAAUAAA